AUGGGGAGCACAUCUAGCAAAAAAAUACCUCAAUGUAUUACCCUUACAUUCUCAAUCCUUGAUUGAACGACUCUAUUUAAAAUUAAUUCCAUCCUUGAUCGACGAUUUUCAUAUAAUAUAAGCUUUUUUUAAUAAAACCAAUAAUAAAAUCAUAUUACUACAUAAAUAAUUUAUUUCCAAGAUAUUUAUGACUAUAACAAUAACUAAAGGAUUUAGUAAAAGGACGGAAUCUAAUAAUCAAAAUACAAGCCAGCCAAGGUACAAAAUAAAGAGAAGCACAACAGAACUGCCGAAAUUUGGACUCGGUGUCAAAAAUUUAAAAUCAGCUCAUAAUCGUCGGCGAUCUCUCGAUGAGAACCCCGAUAUUAUUUUUGAAGUUGAAAACAUAAGCAAGCCUGUCCUGCCAGCAUAUUUAAGUAAUAUUGACAUCACAAAUAUUACAGUUUUUUUUACAUCUUCUGAGGCAAUUCAAGGAAAAUGAAACUACCUAUUAAAUAAAAACAGAAUUGAAUUUGACGAAAACAGCAAUAAAACAAUAGAAAAAGCCUUUAUUACAGGCCAAAAUUCAUGCAAAAUUAUAUUAAACCAAAAAGAAGCAAAAAUAAAAUUUUUGGAAAAUAGCCUAUGGCUGCCAGAAAGCAAUGACUCAUAUAAACUAGCCCGAGAAAGCUCAGCAUCAGAAAGGUUCUGAUGGCAAGCUGCGGAUGGCUCUUAUAGGCCACUAGUAAAAAAAAUCGAAGAGAUCCUUACAUACACAGAUGGGGAGUUCCCAUUUCUGCUUGAUGGUGAAGCAUUUCACAUCAGCAUCCACAAGAAAAAACUAGUCGAGUUGUGUACAGGGAUAGAGCAUAUUAUAACUCUGAGGUAA